AUGCGGCAGCAGGAGGACCGGGCGCUCCUCCCGACGACGACGGCCGCCGGCGGCCCGGACGCCGCGGCGGCGUCCGGGCCUUCGGGGCGGCUGCGGACGGCGGGGCUGGUGGCGGCGUGGUACGCGUCCAACAUCGGGGUGCUGCUGCUCAACAAGUACCUCCUCUCCGUCUACGGCUUCCGCUACCCGGUCUUCCUCACCGCCUGCCACAUGUCCGCCUCGGCGCUCCUCUCCUCCGCCUUCGCCGCCGCCACCUCCUCCUCGUCCCCGCGCCGGCCGCUCUCGCGCGGGCAGGCGGCCAGGGUGGCCGUGCUGGGCGCCGUCUUCUGCGGCUCCGUCGUCGCCGGCAACGUCUCGCUGCGCUACCUCCCCGUGUCAUUCAACCAGGCCGUCGGCGCCACCACGCCCUUCUUCACCGCGCUCAUCGCCUACGCCGUCGCGGGGCGGCGCGAGGCCCGUGCCACCUACGCCGCCCUCCUCCCCGUCGUCGCCGGCGUCGUCAUCGCCACCGGGGGCGAGCCGAGCUUCCAUCUGUUCGGGUUCAUCAUGUGCGUGGGCGCGACGGCGGGGAGGGCGCUCAAGACCGUGCUGCAGGGGAUCCUGCUCUCCUCAGAAGAGGAGAAGCUCAACUCCAUGGACCUGCUCUGGUACAUGGCGCCGGUGGCCGUGGUGCUGCUGGUGCCGGCGACGCUGAUGAUGGAGCCGGACGCGCUCGGCACGGUCCUCGGGAACGCGAAAGGGGCGGUCGCCGUCGUCGUCUCCAUCCUGAUAUUCAAGAACCCGGUGACCGUCAUGGGGAUGCUGGGCUACGGGGUGACCAUCGCCGGCGUGGUUCUGUACGGCGAGGCCAAGAAGAGGAGCAAGUGA